AUGUGCGGUUCGCUUCUUUCCAAGUUUAAUAAGACGAAGAACCAAAUUGAUCCAGCGGUUCAUUUAUUUUCCGGGCGAAAAUUUUCGGGCCGUUCUCGCGAAGAUUCGGCGUGUUUCGAAGACAGAGGCUUUUGGAAGGAUGGGGAUGGAAAUGCUGAAGGAUCAAGCUGUGAUACUUUGGCGACAUCUUCAUGUGAUAGCUCUGAAAUGAGCGAAACUGAUUCCUCUUCGCAGGAAGACAUAGAAGCCGCUGUGCGCGUUUUGGACAGGCCGGUUUUACCGUCAGGACACAACAAAUCAGUCAGGCUUCCCGUGAUUGAGAGUUAUAUCAAUGAAGAGAAGAUGCUAAUGGAAAGUGCCCGUCAAAUCCUGGGGUGUCAGGGAUAUGCUACGUAUAUCUCAUCAAGCUCAAUGACGGUGGCUAAGCCCAUAAGUGCAACUAAUUCCACUUUGCCAGGAAAGGUGAACACGGCUGUCGCCUUUGAUAUACCUUCCGGCAGCGAUAAGACGGUUUGCCCGUCUGCCAGAGUUCCUUGGCGCUUAAGAAGGCACAGAAAAGUGGUACCCGAGCUAACUUUACAGGUAGUUAGAGAGAAAAUGCGCGCUGCAGAAGAAAGAAAGCUGAAGGAACUUGAACGCAUCCGAGACUGUGCGCGUAGCAGGGCUGGAACAAACCGACCACAUCCUGCAGAGGCCACGUCAAAAGCAACAAAAGAAAAAAUUGCUUCCAAGCUGGUGGCAGCUGAGAUCAGGCGUAAUGAAGAGAUAGAGAAGCGAAGAGAAGCUGGCAACAGAGCUUCGCGAAGCAGGAACAGAAUUGCAGCAGCCCAGGCUUUUGCAAAGAAGCAAGAGCGUGAAGCUUCUAGCGCGCGAAAAAUGGAAAAGAUUGAAGAAAAGAGGGCUGAGUACCAACAGAAAAGUGACAAACAAAAGAAACUCAAGAAAGAGCAUGUGACAUUCGAGGACAAGGUAAGGAAUUUCAUACCAUAACAGUACUAAUAUACCUGCGCGUCCCUGACGGCGAUUCCAGAGAGGACAGACGGCUGUAUGUUAAAACAGGCUAACCAUCGAUUUAAGGUUUAUUUCAAAUUCAGCUUUUGGUUUUCACAUUUUAAAGCCAGUCUAAAAUUGAAGAAAACCACUAUGCAUGAUAGAGGAUUUGUAAACUAAAUCGGCAGAAUUUAAUCAGGUUAAAGGACUACCAAGAGUUCCAGGGAUUUCUUUACGUUCAAAAUAGGUGCACCGUCGGUAUCAAAUCGUUGGAAAAGGCGCAUUUGGAAAAAAAAUAAGAAGCAAAAAGUAAAAUCCUGCGGGAUUCAUUAGGAAUAUAUAGAUGCCAAAGUCACACAAGUUAAAAAUUCAAAAGAAUAAUUAUAUUAUUUGAUGAAUUAAAAGAGAUUUUUUUUUCUUUGCAGGCAAAAGAAAUAGAACAAGACGUCCCUAAAAGCGUAAAACAAUCCCGGGAUAACGAAAAUACUGAAAGUCACGUGUUCUCGGACGACGAACGCGAUCAUGAGCAGAAAGUCUGCUAUGAAUGGGAAGAUUUCUUCGACGACUGA